CUGAAACUUUAGAUAAAUAUAAGUAUAUUUAGUAGUUGAAAUCAAAUCAAUUUUUUUGCAAAUAUUAAAUGAAAUAAGUCUGUUCCUUCGGCAAACCUGCACACUGAACAUUGCUUAUGGGAACAGAGGUAACGUCAUAUGGGAAUAGACCAAUAGUGACUGCCUAUUGAUCAGCGCUAGGAAGACCCGACGUUUGCCGUCAACCAAUGGAAUACUGGGAUAUCCGUUUGUCGGCCAUCUUGGAUAUGAACUAGGACUGUAUGAACUUAUAUCAUUGGAAUAUUGAUGAAAAUGAAGAUGAUAUGCUGAGGAAAAUCUACGAAAUACGAGUGUUUUUGAAGUCUAUUGACGGAGGCUUACUUUUGCGGAAUUAUUUGAAAUCGUUGAUAAUCUAAGGGUUCAAAACCUGGGAUCAUAGAUGGUCAGCUGGUUUGUUCCUGCCUGUGUGGUCGAUCACAAAAAAACAUUCAUAGGCUACGCAUCGUUCAUCCAGGCGUUGGCCCAAAUGAGUUUACAAAAUCAUCCAAAUUAAGUUAUUUGGAGUUUAAUUUGAAACAUAAGGAAGAUGUUUUCCGAAAAUACUUUACACAAUUAAUUUUGAAUUAAUUGUAACUGCAUACCAGAUCUGUUAUCUUGGUUUUAGACCGUUGAUUUUGGAAAUUUGGGGGACCCGCUUAUAGAGAUUUAUAAUUAUUUUUACGUUGAUCAGAAAGAACAAUUUCCUCGGCAAUUCCCACAAAAUGUCGUCGAGGACUCCAGCAUUGACAACUGUAGUCGAAGGGCGGUCACAUCGUACCACCAGCUCAAGGAGUGGUGGUGGAGGUGAUUCCCAUGACGGCAAUGCACCUAGUCGAUCAUCUCGUUCACGGUCAACGGAUGAUCAACCACACGUUGGGAAAUAUCGGCUUCUCAAAACAUUAGGAAAGGGAAACUUUGCGAAGGUCAAAUUAGCAAAGCAUAUACCUACAGGAAAAGAGGUUGCAAUAAAGAUAAUUGACAAAAGUCAACUAAACCCAAGUAGUCUACAGAAGGUAUACAGAGAAGUAAGAAUAAUGAAGUUACUAGAUCAUCCUAACAUAGUCAAAAUAUUUGAAGUAAUUGAAACAGAAGAGAAGCUUUAUCUUAUUAUCGAGUAUGCAAGUGGAGGGGAAGUGUUUGAUUACCUCGUCGCCCAUGGUCGCAUGAAAGAAAAAGAAGCUAGGGCAAAAUUUAGGCAGAUUGUGUCAGCUGUACAGUACUGUCAUCAAAAACACGUGGUACAUCGAGAUUUAAAGGCAGAGAAUCUUCUUCUUGAUAAAGACUUAAAUAUUAAAAUAGCAGACUUCGGUUUUAGUAAUGAAUUCACUCCAGGAAUGAAGCUAGACACUUUUUGUGGAAGUCCGCCGUACGCUGCACCGGAGCUAUUUCAGGGCAAGAAAUAUGACGGUCCGGAGGUAGAUGUCUGGAGUUUAGGGGUUAUACUGUAUACAUUAGUCAGUGGAUCUUUACCGUUUGAUGGUCAAAAUCUUAAGGAAUUAAGGGAGCGAGUUUUACGAGGGAAGUAUCGAAUUCCAUUUUAUAUGUCAACAGAUUGUGAAAAUUUGUUGAAACGUUUCUUGAUGUUGAAUCCUGCGAAGCGGGCAAGUUUAGAAACAAUAAUGAGAGAUAAAUGGAUCAAUCUAGGUUUUGAAGAAGAUGAAUUAAAACCAUUCAAAGAACCGGAAAUAGACUUUAACGACAAAAGGAGGAUAGAGAUGAUGGUGCGAAUGGCAUUUAGUCGAGACGAGAUCGAGGAAUCGCUUAAAAACCGGAAAUACGAUGCUGCAUUCGCUACGUACUUACUACUCGGCAGGCGACAGAAAGAGCUUGAGGGCGGCGAUUCAAAUCCAGGAAGUAGCAUGUCACUGACUACGCUUCGAGCUGCCAAUGAUUUAUCCACUUCCAGCGCUAAGCAAUCACCUGUACAACAUGGUAAGAAACAACGAAGCGUCUCAACAUCCUCAUCCAAUCAGAAACAAAGGCGCUUUAGUCAUGGAGGUGAAAAUCUCGGCGUCCGUAAACGAGGUCAGCAUAUUGGAACUUCCUCGGCAGGCUAUAAAAGGCAUCCUAUAGAUAACGGUUUACACGAUAGAACAAGUCGAUCCAGUGCGUCAACGAUAGACGGCAGUGGUUCUAGGAAACCUAUACGGUCAAUACCAGUCUCGUCGGGAGCAAAGGCAUCACAUUCUUCAACGGGUAUAGGCCAGGCAGUUAACCCAAACAAUUCAGAAGCAAGGAAAUCUAGGCAACAACAGAAUAACAUAACGGCAGGAAUGAUUAGGAGAAACACAUAUGUUGUGGGGGAUAAGGGUCAUGCGUCUCCUUCAAGAACAACCAAUGGAAAAGCUGAUAGAGAGCAAAGUACACCAACAUCCAAACCCUCCUCCUCCUCUACACGUCAUAGGCAUCAGAAAUCGGCGUCCACCUCCGGACAUCCUACGGGCAAGACCACUUUUCCUCCUAUCGACGAUCCUCUUGAUAGGCCUAGUACUGCUCCAGGUAAUAGGCACCCAUUCUAUCCGUCGCCGAUCGUCAAUGCACAACCCGGCAGCGGUCCCUUUCCACGUGCUCAUCGAAAUCGGAGGACGUUCCACGGAAGGGAAGGGCUGGACAAGAGGCAGAUGUACAAUGGGCCACCGGCAGGGCCAUCACACGAUACAAACACCAUGGACAGGGCCAGGAAUGUAUCGUUCUUCAGCAAAUUAUCCUCAAAAUUUAGCAGAAGCAGUGGAAAUAUGCUGAGUAGCAACACUGUUAUGGCACCCAUGGUCGGAAUGAGAACCAGUGAGCGUGAACGACUGGAAGAUGCGGUGAAGCCAAGGUCGUUACGGUUUACUUUUAGCAUGAAAACGACAAGUUCUAAGGAACCAGAACAGAUCAUGAUGGAGAUACAACGAGUUCUAGAACAUUUGAAUAUUGACUUUGAACAACGGGAGAAGUACCUAGUGUUCUGUGUCAAUGGGGAUGGUUCGAGUGAAAACCUCAUCCAGUGGGAGAUGGAAGUUUGUAAAUUACCGCGACUGUCGCUCAACGGUGUACGUUUCAAGAGGAUAUCGGGGACAUCCAUUGCUUUCAAAAACAUUGCAUCAAAAAUAUCAAAUGAACUGUGCUUGUAAAAGGUUUUGUCAUUACCGGUGAAUAUGUGUGCACAGCUUAGGAUAAUAAUUGCCAGGAAUUCCCACUGGAUUUAUCUCGGUUGGAGUCGGCUUGAAAUGUGAUGGUAGGAUAUAUAGCAAGAUUCCUAAGCAGUAUGUCGGAACUCCCUUGAUUCGCAAGCCAAGGAACCCGAUUCCAAACUAAAAGAGGAAAGGCCAGACAGAAGAAUUUCAAGAAAACUGAAUAUAAAAAAUUAAUAUAUAUAUAUUAUAUAUACAUCCUCCCACAUUAAGUGAAAAUGAUCUUAUAUGUUACAAUAAUUUUUUUUGUAUAAUUUUUUUUUGUCUAAUUAUUUUGUUUGUCACCCUCUUUUCUGCAUUUUAGCACUCAUUAGACUUAAUUAAUUUUAGUUCUGUUUAACUAUUUAAGAAAAAAAACAGAAAUGUAAAAGCUUGGUAGGUCCAUGGACAAGGCAUGCUAACUAUUUGCAAUAUGUAAAUAUAUAACCAACAUGGUUCGCACUCUACCUUGAUAUUGGAAAAUCAUUUAUUAAAAUGAAAUAACAUCGUUCAACAGAAUUAAAAUUAAUGGUAAAUUUUGAGGUUGUAGAUGUUUAAUCCUUAUUGGAGAUGAAGAGAGCCUUAUUGGUGAAAUUUUUUCCGUCUUGAUCGCCUAAAAAUAUACCCAAUUGUUGAGAUAUUUUUUACUGAUGGACUUGGUUUUAAAUUGGAUAUAUUUGUUGAGGCUUUUUCUGUAUAGUUAAUCAAAUAUAUUCCGAGUACAAUGAACUUGAAUGUGUUUGCAAUGACUGAUUUGCGCUCUUGGUGACGUGUGUUGUCCACGUUCGUAUAAAGUAAUCGUGCAGAGUUAAUGCUGUAUUUCAUUUGCACGUUUUUUAUGAAAAUUUUAUUGCAGCCAUGAUGAUGAUAUUUUCAGGUGCCUCUCAACUUCUGCUAGAUAGGAUUAAGUUGGUUUUUGGUGGGGGAGGUUGCUUUUUUACUGUCUUGGUAUACUGUGUUGUCAUGGAUACUGUUUUGUCCUGUGGUAACAAAUAUGGAAAUAUUCAUAUGAGUUGUGCAAUUAAUCUGAAUCUACUAUAUAUUUGAAACAAAUUGUAAUGAUUGUCUUUUAAAAGUUGCCACUUCUCAUCAAUCCUGUUUAAAAAAAAACUUCAGAAUCCCGCACCUGUUAAGAUUCCUUGUGGCUACAUGCACCCACUACUAUUAUCCAUGUGUGACAUACUCGCACUUCAAACAUUUUUAUUGCUGAAGUUUCUAAAAACCAACUGGAAUAAUAAUGCUUCUCUGUAUGAAACAAUAAUGUCAUAAUGUUUUUUCUUCUUGGUGUGGAUCCUGUGCUUCUAAUUCCCAUUUUUUGCAGAAUUACAAAUACGUUUUAAAAGAAAGUAAUGAAUUUCAAUAUCAAAUACUAUAUCUAGAUGUGUUUAUUUGAUAAGAGAAAAAAAAAAUCUUAAAAAGUAUGGAGGAUUCUAUUUUAAUAGUGUUGAGUUGCAAAAAUAUUCUCAUGAAAAAUUAAAUAACAUAAAAAGCAUUAACAGAUUCCAAUAUUAUCAAUUAAUUGAAAAAUGUCUGUAUUCAGCUUAAAAAUAAAAUGAGGUUUAGAAAUUAAAUAAACAAGAGAAAAAUAUAAUGUGAUCAAAGUCAACCUGAUCUGGUGUUUUUAGCCCAGUUCACAGAGGGCAGUAUUUAGGUUGCCAUUCUGAGAAAACAGUAUAAAUAAGCUAACUCAACAUUUCAUUUUAACUUUUAAGUAGCAUGGCAAAGUAGAGUAUGCAAAUUACAGAAAGAGAUGAUACCCAUACAGUAGCCUCCCCACCAUACAAAUCUUGCCAGCCAUAAACUUUUGAAAAAACACUUAUCUCCUUUAAUUUUUCCAAUAUUUUUGAAAAUUAGUUUAAUAAGGUUAAUGAGGGAUAUAAACAACUGUUAAAAAAUAGCUUUUUAUGUUUUUCAUUUUCUGUGCAAAAUUGAAUCCUGAUUUUGGUGAAUUUUAUGGUUGUAGCAUUUGUUGAAUGUAUAAGUUGGUUUGUGGGAGAUGACAGUGUGGAAAAGCAGGAUUUGAUAAAUGCAAUUUAGUAAUACCACACCUUUGUUAAAAUUCCUAAUGAUAUAACUGCACAAUCUUGAUAAUUACCCUUGUAUUAAUAUUUUUUAAUUAAGCAAUAUAAGUAAUAUAAUAAACCAAUGAAUUAGACAAUUCAUUUUCCUUUUAAAUUACCACAGUUUUUAUAUUUUAUGUGGUUGCGCAUUGCUAUUUUUUUAGUAUAUUUUCCUGCUGUUAAUUAUAUCACCGGCCGUUAGAUAUUUUCUUUGCUGAUAAAAUGGACCAAGUCGUGUUACAUGGUAGAUGUAGGCCUACAGUAAAAAUAAAAAUAAGUGUUUAUUAUAGUAUGUACACAUAGGGUGGUUUGCCACUACCUAAACAAUAUGCCCAUGUUGCAUAUCAAAAUACAACAUACAACAGAUUGUAGGCAUUUUAUCCGGUACUAGAUAAAAAAAGAAAAUUAAUGUUCUGAUUUUGACAAAUCAAAGUUGAUUUUAGGCCUUUAUUUUGUUCAGUUUAAUUAGAGAAUUUUUUGAGGGAAGUUAUACAAACUGUACAUAAAGUCAGCUUUACUGAGAAUUACUGCAAAAAAUGUGUAUAUUUGCAUAAUAGUAAUAAUUGUACUGUGGAGAAUAUUGCAUUUAGUCAACUAAUUUUUUGUGUGUUAAUUUUUUUUUUUUUUAAAGAACAAUAAAAUGUUGUCUGAUGUCUCCCCACCCAUUAAUGAUGUUGAUAUUAUCGGUAGGUAAUUACUUUGUGACAUACAUGGCCUGUAUUGCGAUAGUUAAUAAUCAGUGUGUGUAAGAAAGACCGUUGUUUUGUUAAAGCCAUAAAGAUUUUUUUUUUUCAGAUCAGCCAUGGUCAUUUCAUACAUAGCACAGUUAUAAUUUUAGUUAUUUAUUUAUCUUAUAAAUCUCUGCAAGAGUUUUUUUUUACUUAUGGACUUUCAUGCUUUCAUUAUAUUUAAACAAAUUUCAAAUUUGUUACAUAACAAAUUUAAAAUAGUUUCAUUCGAUUUUAAAAUGUUAAUUCCUGUUAUAUAAUAGCAUAAGGUUACUACAGAUAUUUUCUCCUCAUAAUACUUUGAAAAUUUUGCAAAUCUUGUUGGAUGUGAUUAAAAUCCAACAAACGCCCUCUGGAGGACAAGACCAUGGCUGAUUUGGAAAAUAAAUUUCAGGCAUUAGAUUUGUUUGUUUUUUCAUCGAUCAAAUGGGGAAACACAGAUGAUGUAAUGUUCUGUUAUGUACCAAUGGACGGUUUUGAUUACAAUACAAUAUUAAUACUCCGGUCUGUUAUCAAUCGCACUAAAGUGUCCAGAUAGUGGGAUUGAUAAUAGCCUACAUACAUAAACUCUAUUAUUAACAUGGGUGAUUAUAAUGUGAUAUUGAAACAGUGCGAGACAGUCGCGUGCAAGGAGAGAACUGCGGUUGCUUCCAUACAUUGUAAUUUUGUGCUAGCUCUAGCACUCAGUUUUAGAUGUACUAGUGUCCGAAGGAUCAGAUUAAAGAAGAUAAAAUUACA